UCAAACAUUUCGGGGAAUCCCCUAUACUAAGCCAAAUACGUCAUAAUUCAGGCAGAAAGGGUAAACCAAACCAGGCACUGGAAAUUCCCUGCUAAAUUGGGAAAAUGUAGAAGCUUUUAGAUGUACGAUAUAUUUUAUCGCUAAAAUUGAUGCUACGAAGGCUGUAAUUAACAGCAUUUCAGUAAUCUAGUAAGUUGAUUGAGAUAUUAAAAAAAACAUCAAAAUAAAACAUGAAUAUUGGAUGUCGAGUAGUAAGGGGGCCAGAUUGGGCUUGGAAGGACCAGGAUGGUGGAGAGGGUCAUGUUGGAACUGUUGUGGAAACAAAAAAGCAAGCUUCUGAAGGAAGCAUUUGGAUCCAAUGGGAUAUGGGAGGAAAUAAUAAGUACCGAAAUGGACACAAGGAGAAAUUUGACUUGAGGGUUUAUGACACAGCUCCUGCAGGAGUGGUGCAUCCAACCAUAACCUGUGAUGCUUGUCAUGAGAAUGGUUUGUGUGGGAUCCGCUGGAAAUGCAAUGACUGCUAUAACUAUGAUCUAUGCAACAGCUGUUAUAUGGGGGACAAGCAUGAUCUUAAGCAUGUAUUCAAACGCUUUGAUUCAACAAACUCAGAUGGUGUUGUUGUGCCAUGUAGACUCGGGGCUGUGAAGUUAAAAGCUUAUGGAAUCUUCAAAGAUGCUAGUGUUGAGUGUGCAAAAAAUGCAGAUAUAAAAGAUGCCGUGGGCACAGGCAAAGUAACAAAAGUUGAAAAGAUGGGCAAUGCUGGCCGCAACGCUGUUGAAGUGAAAUGGGAAAAUGGGGAGGUGACUACUUGUAAAGUUGGUUUUGAGGGCAAAGUAGAGUUAAAGUGUGUGUCAGAAGCAGAGGGAGGUUCUUAUUAUAGAGACCAUCUUGCAUCAUCAAUUGGAGAUAUGCGGUCAAAGGCUGUUGCUGUUGCUGUACCUCAAACUGUUGAAGGUUUGAGACGAUUUAAGCCAGGAGACAAGAUUCGUGUCAAGAAUUUACCUGUUGCAGUAAUGGAAGUGGCACAAGACGGUCAUGGAGGAUGGAAUGAGGAAAUGGCCAAGUCGAUUGGUGUAGAAGGAAUUAUUCUAAAAACUGACCCUGACGGAGACUCGCAUGUCGCUGUUAGUGGUCAUAUGUGGUGUUUUAACUCUGACCUUCUAGAAUUGGUGCAGUCUGGCAACCCAGAUAAUGUUGGUGUAAGCCUACUGGCUGAUUUAUAUAAUGAGGCUUUUCGUGAAGCUAUCGGUGGAGAUGACCCAAAAGCCCUCACAGUAGCUGCAAAACAAGGAGACCUGCCCACUAUCAGGCAGUUAUUGGACAAGCAUGCUGAGUGGGUGAACCAUCAAUGCACACCAGGUGAACUGACAGCAUUGCAAAUUGCAGCUCAUGAGGGUCAUGUAGAGGUCGUUGACUACCUCGUUGGCAGGCAAGCUGAUCUCAACCUGAGAGAUAGUGAUGGUGACAGUGCUUUGCUGUGUGCUGCACAUGGAAACAAACCUGAAGUGAUCCGAUAUUUGUUGUCAUGUGGUGCUAAUCCAAAUCUUGUGAACAAUCGUUUGCAAACAGGAAUUUAUAUAGCAGCAGGGAAAGGUUACCAUGAGUGUGUAGCAGUGUUUCUGCUGGAACAAUUCCAAUGCAACCCUAAUAUGCAGGAUGCAGAUGGUGACACUCCACUACACAUGGCAAUCAACAAGGAUUAUGAGAAAACUCAAGAAUUGUUGAUCAAUUCACCAAAAAUUGACUUUACUAUCAGUAAUUUCAGAGGAUUCAAUGCUUUGCAUCACGCUGCUCUUAGAGGUAGUGCUAAAGCUGUUGAAAUGAUCGUGGAGCAGCCAGCUGGAAAACGUUUAGUGGAUCAGAAAAAGAAAGAUGGUUUCACAGCUCUCCAUGUUGCUGUGGUAAAUGACCACGUAGAAGUUGCCAAGGUUCUAAUAAAUAAGGGAGAAGCAAACUUGGAGGUGAAAAAUAACAGAGGAGCAACGCCAUUAAUGAGUGCUGUUGAGGAAUUCCACCAGACCUCUGUUGAGGUACUCGUAGAGUCGGGAGCGGAUGUUCAUACCACAGACAAUGAUGGCGAUACUUGCUUGCAUACAUUGAUGAUUAAACAAGCAAUCAAUGAUCUCCAAGGAAGUACCGAUGAUAGCACUGAUUUAGUUCGUUCGUUACUUGCUGCAGCUGGUAUAAAUGAUAAAAGACCUGCUCCAGAACCCAACUCUGCUGCUUGCAUUGCAGUGUAUUUGGUUGCCAAUGGAGCAAGCCUUGAGGUGAAGAAUAAAAAAGGGAAAACUCCGGCAGAUCUCAAUAAGAAUCCUCGUGUUGCAGAAAUAUUGAAUAUAUCAUCACAGCAAUGGAAACAAUCACAUGAGUAGUGGUCAUUUUAAAGGCACUGUAACAGAUAUUACCAUUGGUCGAAACUAGUCACCUGAUUAUCAGCCAUUGAAGAAGCAGUCAAUGGCUGAAGAAGUAUGGCACGACAACGUUGAAACAAAAGAUGGGGACAUUACUGAGGAGAAGUGUCUGGGACAUCGCCGGAUAGCAAGGGGUUGGUAAAUCACUGAGAAACAAUGUGUUGGAAUAGUUUUUAUUAAUGUUAUCCUUAUAAUUAUUAUAAUAAUAUUGUUUAAUGAUGAUUAAAAUAAUUGUGUAGAGUG